AUGUCCUCAAUCAUCGCCCGUCGUGCGCUUCUGCGCGCGGUCCCCCGCACCCGCUCUUUUGCUAGCGCUACCGCCGACGUGGUAAAGUCGGAUUACAUGGAGAAGCAGGCUGCUCUCUACGCGCACGCUGCCGAAACCGCCAACUUAUGGCGUCGCAUCAGCUUCUUCGUCUGCGCUCCUGCCAUCUUCGUCUGUAGCAUCUGGGUUUACAAACUGGAGUCUGAGCACCAUGAGCACGAGGCCCAUCUCAUGGCAGAGAAUGAUGGGCACCUGCCCGACCCCCCUGCCUACGAGUAUCUGAACCGCCGUGCUGCUGGAUCGUUCCCCUGGGGACCCAACUCCCUCUUUUUUAACCCCAAGACCAACAAGGACAUGAGCAAGGUCGACCAGUAA